GAAAAAUAAGUUGUUGUUUUCGACGGAGGACAUAGAAAGAGAAAAGGCGGGUAAAAAUUGGUCAGACUGAAAGAGCGAUCGACCUGAAAUAUCGCAACCAACCUUAACCGUCUCGUCUUCAUUUCCAACUCCAAAUAUCAAUACUCAUUUUCAUCUCUCUCUCUCUCUCUCUCUCUCUCUCUCUCUCAUGUUAAUCAACCAUUAGCGAUACCUUUCUCUGCUAAACAGAAUCCAGUAACAAGAACGAUUUCGAUUUUCUUCAUUCAAUUCCAAAAUGCAUUUCACAAAUCUCGACGAUACUCCAAUGUUCCGUCAACAGCUCCAAUGCUUGGAGGAAAGUGCAGAAUCAUUGCGUCUCAGAAGCUGGAAGUUCUACAAAGGAUGUAGAAAGUAUACGGAAGGACUUGGAGAGGCAUAUGAUGGGGACAUCGCAUUUGUAAAUUCCCUUGAAAAUUUUGGAGGAGGACAUAAUGAUCCUCAUUUCGUUGCUUUGGGAGGACCUGUAAUGAACAAAUUUACCAUUGCUUUGAGAGAAAUCAGUACAUUCAAGGAACUUCUUCGGUCGCAGGUAGAACACAUGAUUGAUGACAGGUUACUACAAAUUGUCAAUGUUGACAUCAAUGAAGUUAAGGAAGCUCGUAAGCGUUUUGACAAAGCUGCCCUUGUAUAUGAUCAGGCACGUGAAAAGUUUAUGUCAUUGAGAAAAAGCACUAAAAUUGAUAUUGCCACUAUCGUAGAAGAGGAACUGAAGAUUGCAAGAACGUCGUUUGAGGAGGCCCGAUUCAGUCUGGUUGGUGCUCUUAAUAACAUUGAGAUCAAGAAGAGAUUUGAGUUUUUGGAGGUUGUCACUGGAGUUAUGGACGCCCAUCUUCGAUACUUUCAACAGGGAUAUCAGCUACUACAUCAGAUGCAACCUUUCAUUAUCGAGGUUUUGGAUUAUGUACAACAGUCAAAAGAAAGUUUCGAUAAGGACCAGCUUUUACUUUUUAAAAGAAUGCAAGAAUACAAAAAACAAGUUUAUCAAGAAAGUAGGCUGUCCUUAAAUGGCCCUUACGGUUCUCCUAGUGGAGAAUCUGUGCAUCCUUUUUCUAGGAUAUCAAAUGAAGUAGUAGAUGUAGUAAACGAAUCUGCGGCAAAUGGAAAGGUUCAAAUCAUUCGACAAGGGUAUCUUUCAAAGCGAUCUUCCAAUUUGAGAGGCGACUGGAAAAGAAGGUAUUUUGUUCUUGAUAGUCGAGGAAUGUUGUACUACUACCGCAAACCAUGGAGCAUGGCAUAUGGCAGCAAUCAAUCAUCUCCAAGGAAGAGUAGUGCCACUGAUAAUGGUUCUGGGCUUCUGAGUCGAUGGCUUUCUUCUCAUUACCAUGGGGGCGUCCAUGAUGAAAAAUCUGUAGUACGUCAUACAGUAAAUCUGCUAACGUCAACAAUCAAGGUUGAUGCUGAUCAGUCGGACUUAAGAUUUUGCUUCAGAAUAAUUUCGCCAUCAAAGAACUAUACAUUGCAGGCAGAAAAUGCAGUGGACCAGAUGGAAUGGAUGGAAAAGAUAAAUGGAGUUAUUGCCUCCUUGUUGAGUAUCCAGACACUGGGAUCACCUCUAUCAGCUGACUCAGAAAACGGCGACUCUUACUUUACCAAUAAGAGUAAUGUGUUCGAAAGUUCUCCAGAAGAUGAUCUCAUUGAGCUUGAAAAGGCUGCCUCCACGAACUUCACUUCUAGUAACCAUUUACAUUCAUCUAAAAGUAUGCAGUUUCCUAAACACAGUAUAAGAAAUGAAAAACCUAUUGAUGUUCUUAGAAAGGUGAACGGGAAUGACAUAUGUGCUGAUUGUGGUAGACCUGAACCAGAUUGGGCAUCUUUAAACCUUGGCAUCCUUAUAUGCAUUGAAUGCUCUGGUGUUCAUCGUAAUCUUGGUGUGCAUAUAUCUAAAGUAAGAUCACUGACACUUGAUGUGAAAGUCUGGGACUACUCUGUCUUAAGUAUGUUUGAGUCCCUGGGUAAUCAUUUUGCAAACUCAGUUUGGGAGGAGUUGUUAUGUUCAAGGAGUACUUUGCAAAAUGUUGACACCCCUGCUGGUUCAUCCAAGGCAAACAAAGACAAGCUAUUUCAUGCAAGAAAGCCAAAGCAUGAUGAUUCUAGUUCAUUAAAGGAAAGGUUCAUUCAUGCAAAGUAUGCUGAGAAAGUAUUUAUUUGCCGGACAGACGAAAACCCCGCGCAACAGAUUUUGAAAAGCAUAUGCGCUAAUGACAAGAAGGCAGUGUACCAGCACAUUGUCAAGUCAGAUAUGGAUAUCAAUACCAUCAGUAGGCAAGCAUUUUCUGGUGGCUCUUUCAACGCGGCUUCUUUGAUUAAUUUAAACAUUUCAUCUGAAAGUGAGAAUCAGUUGAUUGAGGACAUACAAAAUGGUUCUAGUGUGCUUCACCUGGCUUGCCUAGCAAGUGAUGCUGGUAUGGUGGAUCUGCUCCUACAGUAUGGAGCAGAUAUAAACGCUUGCGAUUCAAGAGGCCGGACACCACUACAUUACUGUAUUACCAGGGGGAAGCUUGCAGCUGCAAAAGUGCUUCUUGUGAGGGGGGCCAAUCCUCAUGUAGCUGACAAAGAAGGCCACACUCCUCUUAAGCUUGCAUCAGAAACCGACAGUUUAGGCAAUGAAAUUCUCAGUCUCUUAGCAAAAUAUAACAAUGCCCAAAAACAAUUAUAAGCAGUAAUUAAAUCCAUGUCACAGAUUGAAAACCUGUGGUUAGUAAGUUGCAUGGAGAGAAGAAUGGGCGCUGAAGCUGACGGGGUUGGUUUAAUUGGUCGAUGUUGUAUGUUGCAUAGCAACUAUCUUCUUAAUUUAAAGAUGCGAUGGGCUGAUCGGUGGACUUAUCAUCUUUCAACCUUCAAUUCUACAGCCUCCAUCCUCUAUAUAUCUGUAGGACCAUAAUCACGGUCAUGGAUUACAAGGAGUAGGACUGUACAUUAAUUUGACGAAAAUAAAAAAUGUAAUGAAUCCAGUCGUUGUUACUUUACAAGGUGUUAGUUCCUCCUCCUUGAAAGAAAUCUUUUUAUAUUUAUAAUUAUCAAAAGCAAUAAAGUAUCAAAA